ACCUUUAUUAGGGAGAAGAACUUUUCGGAAAGAAAUCUGAAUAUCAACUCGACAUGGAUCCUAAAAUUGGAACUCUUUUUGGCUCAUGGGUGAAAGCUGAGCCACUUGGAAACAAUUACACGGUAUAUGCCGUUUUGUGUUGCCUUCUUUCCUACAAUUCCUUCCUUUCAGGAAUUUUCUGUAGGAACCAAAAAAAAAAAAAGUUUCUUUCAACACCCGUAAUCCAAGCUAGAUAUCUUUCUGAAGGUUAUUGGAAAUCAUAUCUUCCUUUUCUUGGCAUUUUGAUGGCCAAUGAUGGUUCUGGUGAUCCUCUACUUUCAGAUAUGAAAGAUCUUUCUUCAAAUGCCUAUGAUAAGAAAACUCUUCAGAGAAGAAGAUUUCGGCAGUCUAUUAAUCCUCAUGUUUUAGAUGUCAGAUACCCUGAGCAAGAUAAUAGCAUUCAAUCUCUUCAAUGGUUUGAGUCAUUGUUAGAGAAACAAAAAUUUAGUUUCAAGCAAGUAUUCAUUUCAUUUGCUGUCUAUUUAGGAGUAGGCACAUUAUGUUUCUUCUUCGUAAUGCAUCAAAUUGAUGGCAAGAAAACUUAUGGACCUCUUGAUGCCAUGUACUUCUCUGUUGUGACCAUGACUACGGUCGGAUAUGGAGACCUUGUGCCCCAUAGCACAUUGGCAAAGCUUCUUGCAUGUGUUUAUGUAUUCAUUGGCAUGGCGUUUGUUGGGAUUAUUCUAAGCAAGGCAGCAGAUUAUCUGGUUGAAAAGCAGGAAAUUCUUUUGGUUAGAGUCAUACACAUGCGUGAGAAAAUCGGUUCUGCAGAGAUUCUUAAUGAGGCUGAAACUCAUAAAGUCAAGUAUAAAUUUCUGUUUGCCACUACUCUUCUAUUGGUGCUUAUACUUGUAGGAACUGCAUUUCUGUGUGUAGUUGAAAACUUUGGACUUGUUGAUGCCUUUUAUUGUGUUUUCUCUACCAUCAGCACUCUUGGUUAUGGAGAUGAAAGCUUUUCGACUAGAUCAGGUCGCUUAUUUGCUGUUUUCUGGAUAUUGAGCAGCACCAUUUGUCUAGCUCAGUUCUUUCUUUACCUAACUGAACUAUACACUGAGACAAGGCAAAGAAUGCUUGUCCGAAGGGUACUAACACGAACCAUGACAUCUUCAGAUAUUGAAUCGGCCGAUCUUGAUCAUGACAAAGUUGUUACUCCUGCAGAGUUCAUUUUGUAUACACUGAAGGAAAUGGGAAAGAUAGAACCAGAAGAUAUUUUAUUAGUAAUGGAGAGAUUCAAAAAGCUUGAUGUUGAUCAUUCAGGAACCUUGACAGAAGCUGAUCUAGUGCAGAGUCAGUCAUCUUAAGCACAGAGCUUGCAAAAUAUAUUUUUGGUAAAAAUUCAAUUACUUUGACAUUUUAAUAGCUUGUAAAUUCAUUUGUUUAGCCAGUUCAAUUUCUGGUAGAUAAUAUUAUAAAGGAUGUAUAAUACAAGAGGCUUCGUAUUUUGCAACACAACCUAUGUACUCAUUGGUGAA